CGCGGGGCCGGGCCGCGCUCCCGGCCGUGCGGAGGACGGUGGUCGGUGCCGGGCGGUGGGCGGGGGCGUCCCGACCGCGGCGCGACCAUGACUCUGGAGUCCAUGAUGGCCUGUUGCCUGAGCGACGAGGUGAAGGAGUCGAAGCGCAUCAACGCCGAGAUCGAGAAGCAGCUGCGGAGGGACAAGCGCGACGCCCGCCGCGAGCUGAAGCUGCUGCUGCUGGGCACUGGGGAGAGUGGGAAAAGCACAUUCAUUAAGCAAAUGCGUAUAAUUCAUGGCUCAGGCUACUCUGAAGAGGACAAAAAAGGCUUCACCAAGCUGGUGUACCAAAACAUCUUCACUGCCAUGCAGUCUAUGAUCAGGGCCAUGGAAACUCUGAAGAUUCUGUACAAAUAUGAACAGAACAAGGCCAAUGCAGUGCUGAUCCGAGAAGUGGAUGUAGAGAAGGUCAUGACAUUUGAGCAGCCAUAUGUAAGUGCAAUUAAAACACUGUGGAACGACCCUGGAAUACAAGAGUGUUAUGACAGGAGAAGAGAAUAUCAGCUUUCUGACUCAGCUAAAUACUACCUUAGCGACGUGGAUCGUAUCGCUACCCCAGGAUAUCUACCAACUCAGCAAGAUGUGCUACGGGUUAGAGUUCCUACGACUGGUAUCAUAGAGUACCCCUUUGACCUAGAGAAUAUUAUCUUCAGAAUGGUGGAUGUUGGAGGUCAAAGAUCAGAACGAAGGAAGUGGAUCCAUUGCUUUGAAAAUGUGACCUCCAUCAUGUUUUUAGUAGCACUUAGUGAAUACGACCAAGUUCUGGUGGAAUCUGAUAACGAGAACCGGAUGGAGGAGAGUAAAGCUCUCUUUCGGACCAUUAUCACUUAUCCAUGGUUCCAAAACUCUUCUGUUAUCCUCUUUCUCAACAAGAAAGAUCUGUUGGAAGACAAGAUCCUCUAUUCCCAUCUUGUUGACUAUUUCCCAGAGUUUGAUGGCCCACAGAGGGAUGCACAGGCAGCCCGUGAGUUCAUUCUCAAGAUGUUUGUGGAUUUAAAUCCAGACAGCGACAAAAUCAUCUAUUCCCACUUCACAUGUGCCACAGACACAGAAAACAUCCGUUUCGUCUUUGCAGCUGUCAAGGACACCAUCCUACAGCUCAACCUGAAGGAGUACAACCUGGUUUGACCUGCUCUGCUCUUGGCCCCUUGAAUAGCUUCAUUGUGAAGAAAAGAGAAAAAAAAAAAAAAGAAAUUUUAAAUAUGACAGGAAAAAGUUUUAAUUUUUGAUGAUGUAAUGAUUGCAAAUUGUCUGAUCUGUGGAGUGGCAAGUGCUCAGUGUUAUCCUGGAGUCUCAUGUCUCUGUCCACAGAGUAGUUGAUUUCGUAUUUUUAACAAAUUGCUUUUAUUUCACAGUUAACGGGGAUAUGCCUCAUGUCUUCAGCACCUUGCUUACUUCUUAAUUUUUGCCAAAUAGCUAAGGCAGUCUCAUCUUUAGCUUUCCUUUGCUGCUUAGCCACUUUUUUCCCCCCUUUUCAUUCCCAUGGUAUAUAUAGAAAAAAAUAACUUUCCAGCUGAGAUUGUAAAUUCACUGGACUGUGGGAGUGCAGAAUGCUACUGGUCCCUUUGCCGUGUGCUGUGGGGGUGCCUCUGGUGUAAUUUGCUAACCCUGCUUGCCUUUUAUUUUCCCCCUGCCCACCCCCUGCUUUCCCUUCCCCAGGACAUGCUCCAUGGUUCACUGUGAUGAAAUGUUGGGGAGGAGCAACUGCUUUCCAACUGUUGUGCAAAAAAAAAAAAAAAAGGAAAAAGGCAAAACAAAACAAAAAAAGCCAUCACUUUUCCAUUCUUUAUAUGUUCUAGUUAUGAGUUAUUUUUUUCUUAUCAAUUAUGAGAGGUAUGGAGACUGUGAUUUUUUUUUUUUUUUUUUUUUUUUUUUUUAAAUUAUUGAUGUUUGCUACAUGUUGCUGUAUUUUGUUCAUGGACUACAGAUGAUGGAAGCUCUUGGAGCAAUAGCUGCUGAGCCUGGGGAAGUGCCUGACUGUAAUUCUUUUUUAUUUUAUUUUGUUUUUAUUUUUUUCACAUGCAUACACACAUCCUUCCAACACCACAAGGCUCAAUUUGCAGAGAGAAACUUUUGUUUUGUUGAGAUCAAGUGAGCAACUUCUCUAUGCAGCAGAUACGAAAAGCACACUGGGCAGUUGUGGCAUUUAAACAUCAGACUUUGGCUGGAUGGAAAAUCUUAGUCUCGUGCCACCCUCUAGUUUCUUUCUUGCUUCUAGUAGCAAAAAAGCCUUUUUUAUUGCAUUUUGUGCCAGUGUGUUGAAUUAUUUCCUCAGUCCUGUUCUGCUUGCAGAUUUUUAGGAAGGACCAGAGUUGGUGGUGACAAGCUUUGGGACAUAGAUAGGAUUCUUGCAAAGACUGAGGAUAGCUCUUGGAGAGAGUGGUAAUUCUCCCUCCAGUUGAUGCAUUCCCCUGAGGCACAUGCUGCUGUGUUCCUCUUUAGAGGAGUGUGGAUCCUCUGUGGAAGACUUGCACACACACUUGCUCCAGGAUCCACAUGAUAAUCAGGUUGCAGUGGUCCUGGCUGGAGCAUGUGGCUGCUACAGGAUCCAGGGGCCCUGCUGUGGUUGCACUUUGGGUUAGCAGGAGAGUCGGGGCAGAGACAGCAGUGUUUGCUGGUACAGGUGGAAGAUAGAGUGGAAGUAGUUCUGGAUUCUAGAUGCCAAAUGAAACUCCACUAAGCAGAAGGAUGUGAAGCCUUUGCACAUUAGAGCUUUUUCCAGGAGCUGAGGCAAGGGAACAACUGUGCUGAAGACCUGUUGCCGGCCUGGAAGAUAACUGCUGUGGCAAGGCAAGGAGUGAGUAGGAAGCAGGGAAAUCUGACCCACCUCUGGACAUGUGUCGUUUAGCCAUCACUAAUGCUUCUGUUUCUAUUCCAAUAAGUAGCAUUGGGUCCAAAUUCUCUGGAUCGACCAGAUUGCCCCCAUGAAGGCUAGCAGGCUGCCAGUAGAUAAAGACUAAAUGAGCUGCACUGUUGAAGGGGGCUGUUGAUAUUUGUCUCUUUUGUAGACAGAGCACUACAUCAGUGUUUUUGCACAACAUGUAAGAGUGAAUCUUAACUGUCUGAGAUGCUUAAGAUGCUUUAAUCUAGAACACUAAAGUAUGGAGGGACAUAAUUUUGAAUAAUUCUAUUUAUAGAUCCCUCUUGUUUUCCAGAAUAGCUGAGGGAAGCCUCUGUAUGUCUCAGAGCACUACAGAAGAAAGCAGGCUCUGCUAAGAGUGAAUAGAGAGCUCAGGCUGGAAGAGAAGCCAUGGGACCAACAGUUGAACAGCCAGCCUGGCUGAGUGGUGAUACUGAGGGAAACAGAGCAUCUCUUUAGACUAGCUAUGCUCUGGACUGCAUUUAACACUUGGGAGGAAUGAGAGGGAUUCCCAUGUGUCAGACAGCUUUGCAUCAAUUUUACUGCUUUUUUUGUCUUUAUGCCAAAAUGAUCCAUUUUGUAGAAACCGUCCUAUAAAGAGGGAUUUAUAAUCAUCUUUGUGUAUUCUAAGUGCUGUUCAUCUGAAGCAGGUGGCAGCACCAGCCUCUUCUGCUUCUGUGAUCCUCUUGUAAAUGGUUCACGCUACAACUAUUGCCAGCAAUGGACCUGGCACUGAGAUAUAAAGGUUCUUGGAAAUAACUUCCCAGAAGUUUGUUGUUGUUUUUUUUUUCCAAGGUGAAUGAUGGUGGUACUUCCACUUGAAUCAGAAACUUUGUUUUGUAUCCUCCCCUUCUUUAAGAGCUGCUGCCCUGGCACAGGAGGAGGGAUCUUGGCUUCUGUCUCUUAGAGAGUGACUCUGCUUUGUCGUGGACAACUGCAGGAGGCCACAGGCACAAGAGCUGAGACAUGUGCUGUACUGUCCUGAGCAACUGCUUGGUGCAGCUGUUGGCCUGAUAACUGACUUGGUGUGAUGAUUAUCGCAACAGGAAGGGGAGAACAGUAGGCGUUGGCUGUCUCAUGAGCUCCUGGAAGCUCAUUCUGAUUUAGGGGAGGAAUGGGUCAGACUUGUACACAUAAUCUGGAGUUGUCUGUGGACUGUGUUAUUUGUGAGAAGAUAGCAGUGUUAUUAGUGUGUGCUUUUCUUAGCAAGCAGUAGCUUGUGUGCCUCCAGCUUGGCCAGUGAAGCAUUCCUGCAGAACUGGUCCAUGUCUCUUUUGGCUGGCCCUUCAGCAAAUAUCUACCCUAGCAAAAGUGCCAAACCUUAAACCAAAUUUGCCUAUAUCAUCUUUUCUGAAAGAGAGGCCAGUCAGUUUUCUGCAGGUUGAGGCAAUAGAUUGACCUUCAGAAAAGAGGUGGAAUUGGGUUCUUACCGAGAAUCUAGAAUCUUGAGUCUGAGGAAGUGGUCUCUUGGCUAACCUCUGCUCCUUGUGCACUUUUUAUCUUUGUUCUGCUGAAGAAACCAGCGUACUUCUGAAUCAGUUUGAAACUUGAAGUCGGUGAGGAGAAGACCAUCCUGUUUAUUUGCACCAUUCUGUGUGGAUUGGCUACAGCCCCUUCCUGCUUCAGUGUGUCAAGAUAGCUCAUGCCCUUUUUGCCUGUCUCCCCUCCUCCCAGAGUUGGAUUCUUUGGUCUCUUGUUGUUGCUUCCUAGCACUGUUGGCCUUGCGUUCAACUAUUUUUUUUUCUUCAUGUGUUUUAUUGGAUUUUUUUUUUAAGUACUUCCGGAGUGUGCUGACCAUUGUAUUGUACUGUACAGAGCCCAGGUUGUUAGAGUCCAGCAGAGAUAAAGUGUGUUACGCAGCACCCAGUUUUAUAAGAGUAUGGUUUGUGCCAAUGCCCCUUCUUUAGUAGUGCCAGAGACUCUUUACAAGUGCCAAUGUGGUGGAAAUUAUUUGGUUAUACUUGUAUAUUAUAGGAUCCUGAUUUAAGACAAUUUAAACAUUAUCCUAUUUAAAAAGAUACUAUAUAAAAUGCUGUUUUUAAACCUUGUCAUUUGCAAUGCAUGUAUUGUUGUGUGUGUUGGGGUGGGGGGAGGGAAGAGGGUAGGGUAAAGGAGUUUCUGAAUAAGAUGCCCAGUGUCAGGAUCUAUUCAGGCUCCAAACUGUCUCAUUCCGGUCCAGGAGUGUGAUUGUUUCUUGGAAUGAUCCCACUCUGACUACUGGGCAACAACCCUUAUUACAGAAAUAUCUGAUGGAAAUUGAUUUUCAUAUCUUUCUCCUGAAAUAAAUUCUCUGUUUGAAAUUGGAAUAAAUUUUGUUCCUAAAA